AUGGGCAGUGGGAAAAGUGCCACCGGGAACAGCAUCCUCUGCCAGCCCGUGUUUGAGUCCAAGCUGGGGGCCCAGGCAGUGACCAGGAAGUGUCAGAGGGCAACAGGAAUGUGGAAUGGGAGGAGCAUCCUGGUGGUGGACAUGCCCCCCAUCUUUGAGACUGAGGCCCAGGAUCAAGAGCUGUAUGAGAAUAUCGGAGACUGUUACCUGCUGUCAGUGCCAGGGCCCCACGUGCUGCUGCUGGUGACCCAGCUGGGGCACUUCACCGAGCAGGAAAUGGUGGCCAUGACCAGGGUGAAGGAGGUCUUUGGGGCAGGAGCUGAGAGGUACAUGGUCAUCCUCUUCACCAACAAGGAGGACUUAGAGGGUGGAUCCUUGGAUGAGUAUGUGGCAAACACAGACAACUUCAGGCUGAGGAGCCUGGUCCGGAAGUGUGAAUGGAGGUACUGUGCCUUCAACAACUGGGCCUCCGGGGAGGAGCAGAGAGAGCAGCUGGCCCAGCUGAUGGCCAUGAUGGAGGGGCUGGAGGGGGAGCACCAAGGCACCUUCCUCACCAAUGAGCUCUUCUUUGAUGAACGGAUACUCCAGCAGAUGGGGGUUGGCACCUGUGGAGAAGGUCAGAAGCACUACCUGGACAAGGUACGGCUGCAGGUUGCAAAGCAAAAGCAAGACUUGAAAGAGGCCAAGAGAAACUGAGCCUUCAAGACAGUCUUCUGACUCAGAACCUGGAUGGUUGUGAAUUAUGAGCUUUGUGUUUGUCUUGUUUAGUGCAGUUUACUUUUCCUUCUUAUUCUACUGAUCAUCCUGUACCAUCUUUAAUUCUGUGUGACAUCUGUGUGGCAGAGCCAUUUCUCAAAUAUCACCUCAUGGAUUCAUUGUUUAAUUCAGAAAUAAAGUCUCCCAGUUUGCA